AUGGUAGCAUAUUCUAGGAGACUCAAAAUGUCCUUUAUUGUGAGUUUGAUGGCAUUGCAUAUAGUUAUCAUGGUUACUAUAAUGCACCAAAGCUCUAGUUUUGGGCUAUUUGAAUGGUUUUCACAAGGCAUGGCAAUGGGAGGAAUGACUCAUGUGAACGUUAAAGAACCAAAUGUUACAACUAAUGAGUUUGGAUUGAGACAAAAUGUAGCACUUGACAACUUUGUAGGAAGACACAAGGGUGAUGCCAAUUUCAAAAGCUCCAAAAGUAUCCCAUUGACAAAUUCAACUUCAACUCCAUCUAAAGAGAUCAAUGAUGAUGAAAAAGACAAAUUGCUUGAUGGACUAUUAGUUUCUGGAUUUGAUGAAGCAUCAUGCAUAAGCAGGUCACAAUCACAUUUCUACCACAAACCUUCUCCUCACAAACCUUCUCAAUAUUUGAUAUCUAAACUGAGAAAAUAUGAAGAACUUCAUAGAAGGUGUGGACCUAACACUAGAGCUUACAAUAAAGACAUGAAAAUUAUUGCAAACUCUAAGCAAAAUGGUACUCAUUGUGCUGCAACAACAUGCAAAUACAUUAUUUGGGUACCUGUAAAUGGUUUAGGUAACCAAAUAAUUAGCAUUGCUUCAUCAUUUCUUUACGCGCUCCUAACGGAUCGUGUUAUGCUCGUACAAUUUAGAAAAGACAAAGAAGGUUUAUUUUGCGAACCAUUUCUAAAUUCCACUUGGUUGUUGCCGAAAGAUUCUCCUUUCUGGAAUACAGAAAAUGUUCAAAGUUAUCAAAGUAUAAUUGAGAUGGAAAUGAAUAAUACAUUGAACGAAGAUUUGCCAUUAGCUAUGUUUGCGGAUCUAAGUUUUUCCUAUACAUUUGAAGAGAGAUUCUUUCACUGUGAUCACAGUCAAUUUCUUCUCGGUAAAAUUCCUUUGUUGUUUUUGAAAUCAAGUACGUAUUUUGUACCUUCAUUUUUUAUGACACCAAUUUUUGAAAAAGAGUUAAGAAAAAUGUUUCCGGAUAUAACUUCGAUUUUUCACCAUUUGGGACGUUACCUUUUUCGCCCUGCAAAUGAAGCAUGGGAACGAAUCACAAAUUUCUAUCAACAAUACCUUACUAAAGCAAAUGAGAGAGUAGGACUUCAAAUAAGAGUUUAUGAUCCUAAUUCAACUCCACACCAAGAUGUUAUGAAUCACAUUUUGAAUUGCACAUUAGAGAAUAACUUACUUCCAAGAGUACUUGGUACGAAAAAUACAUCACUGUCAACUUCUAGCGGAAAAAACAAGACAAACACAAAAGUUGUUAUUGUGGCGUCAUUAUAUCCGCAAUAUGGAAACAAUUUAAAUACAAUGUAUCAGAAUAAAUCAACGGUUACCGGAGAAGUAAUUGAGGUUUAUCAACCAAGUGGUGAAGGGAAACAAAAAUUUGGUGAUAACAAGCAUAAUAUGAAGGCUUGGGUUGAAAUGUAUUUACUAAGUUUAUGUGAUGUGUUGGUGACUACAUCACAAUCAACUUUUGGUUAUGUUGCUAAGGGUUUAGGAAAUUCAAGACCAUGGAUCCUUUACAAUCCGGUUAAUAAUCAAACUAAGGAGAUUUGUGAACGUGAGUUUAUAGUGGAGCCUUGUCAUAAAUAUCCUCCAUUACAUUAUUGCAAUGGAACAACCAUUGAAGAUGUUUCUUCUUCUUUUCAUAAUAUUAGACAUUGUAAGGAUUUUCCUUUUGGUGUGAAGCUGGUUAAUGGAUUUGUUUAG